AUGAAGAAUCACUACAUCACCUUGGGAAUAGAGAGGAAUGCCCAGCAAUAAUAAAUAAAGGAAGCAUAUCAUAGAUUAGCUUUAAAAUGGCAUCCAGAUAAGAAUACAAACUGCAGAGCUUAGGCUAUUACGCAAUUCCAAGAGAUUAACGAGGCCUAUAACACACUAUCUCAGUCAGAAAGCAAGAGGAAGUAUGAUAGUAAAUUGGAACGACAUGAUCAUUCAUAAAAACUGAAAUAUUUUCUGGAACAAAUUGAAGAAAGGAGCGAAGAAUUUACAUAUUUAAAUAAAGAUGAUUAAGAUAUUUUGAAUCGAUUCAUCAAUAGGAUUAACAAUAAAAGCAAAAGAAUAAGGAAGUAUUGA